AUGGCAUGCAUUUCCACAGUUACCUUCUCUUUUUCCAUCAACCACCAGAUUUUAGGGUCUGUCAAGCCUACCUGGGGUAUCCGUCAAGGGGAUCCACUCUCCCCUUAUCUUUUUCUUCUUUGCUCGGAGGGUCUGUCUACUCUCAUUGCUCAAAAUACCUUGAACACCCGCACUCGUAAUCAAGGACUUGGCCUCAAAAUUGCUCGUAAUGCUCCGGUCAUAUCUCAUAUUUUCUUUGCAGAUGACAGUCUUCUUUUCAGCUCAGCAUCCCCUUUGGCUGCUGCAACAAUAAAAGAGGUUUUACAUGAUUACAGCCUUGCCUCUGGCCAAAUGGUCAAUUUUAACAAGUCCUCUCUCUAUUUCUCGCCUAAUACCACUGAGGACAUUAAGAGUCAAAUCACUUCCCUUUUGAGCAUUCCUAUUCGUGACUCUAUCGAGAAAUACCUGGGCCUUCCCCAAACUUUUGGGAGAUCGAAGAAAGAGGCUUUCAAUUACCUCACCGAUCGAGUCUGGUCACAUCUGAACAAGUGGAAUGCUCAACACUUCUCAAAAGGAGGAAAAGAAGUCCUUUUAAAAUCUGUGGUUCAGGCUAUUCCUUCUUAUGCCAUGGCUUGCUUCAAGAUGCCAUUCUCUUUUCUUUCAAAGAUCAAAUCUAUGAUGGCUUGUUUUUGGUGGGGAGGAACCGAACAUAGUCGGAAAAUUCAUUGGAAAAAAUGGUCCACCCUUAGUCUCUCCAAAUUUCAUGGAGGCCUUGGAUUCCGCUCAAUGAAGGCUUUCAACCAAGCCAUGCUGGCCAAACAAGCUUGGCGUUUACUUCAGGCACCUACUUCCCUUGUGGCAACCAUUCUAAAAGCCCGUUAUUUUCCCCACACCACUUUCCUUGAGGCUAGUAAAGGUCGUCAGCCUUCGCUUGUCUGGAUCAGUAUCUCUUGGGGUAAGGAGCUUCUUAAGAUGGGGAUUAGGAAAUCGGUAGGGGAUGGCACUACGACUUUUAUCUUUAAUGACACCUGGAUCCCAGGUCAUGGUAAGAUUAAUUAUCUCACUCACUUGUCGGAUGGGAUCGCAAAAGUUUCUGACCUUAUUACCUCUUCUCACCAAUGGAAUACUUCUCGCAUUGACACCAUCUUUCCCACUGACAUUAGUCAAGCCAUUCAAUCCAUUCUCCUCAUACGCAUUACCUCUCUUGACACUUAUUAUUGGCCUUUCACAUCCCAUGGUAAUUACACAGUCAACUCUGGCUAUCACCAAGCACAUAGUUUAAACCACAAACAUGAUCCCUCACCCUCAAGUACCCUGAACAAUCAAACCUGGUGGAAAACUUUGUGGACACAACCGAUCCCCUCAAAAACCAAGCAUUUCAUUUGGAGAGCAUAUUAUGACAUCUUGCCAACUGGCUCCAAUUUGCACAAAAGGAAGACCUUAUCUACACCUGCCUGCUGCCGAUGCUACAACCAAACGGAAUCCCUAGAGCAUGCUCUCUUCAGGUGUGAAACUGUCCAGAAGGUAUGGAAGUUAACAAAUCUUUGUAAUUUCAUUUCACAACAUAUUGCACUAACUUGCAGGGACAUUCUUCACUUGGCUGGUACUGAACUCGUGGCCAAUGAGUUCCAAUUUUUUCUUUGUUUGCUUUGGAAGAUUUGGCAUUGCAGGAAUGAGUUCCUUCAUUACUGGAGGGUCGUGGCGCCAGCUUCUCAAAUUCAUACAACAACAGAUUUUUUAGAGCAAUACCAACAACACAACAUACAUCAAAGCUCCUUCAAGACUUCUAUGGUGGCUGCAACGUUGAACAGUGAAGCUCCCUCAAUUUUUCAAUUGAAACUUUCAGUUGACGCAGCCCAUAACGUAGCAGCUAAUAAAACCAGUCUUGACUUCGCUCUAUACAACACUCAUGGGGACUUGAUGUUGACUGUAGCGUCACCUUGGAAUGGAACUCAAUCAGCCUUGUUAAUGGAGGCGCAUGCACUCUCUUUUGCUCUAUCUUGGUGCCAAAGACACAACAUAAAUCUAGAUUAUAUUGUAUCUGACUGUAAAACACUUGUGGAUUAUAUUUGUAAUGAUACUACACAUCAUCUGCUUUUGAAUAGGCACAUCACAAGACGGGAAAAUGAGGAUGCUCAUCGCCUUGCAAAGUAUGCAUUAGGCUUAGAUCAGAAAGCUAUUUGGAAAGCUCAAAAUUUCUAUAUGUAA